AUGUCGCUAAGCAACCUCUCAUUGGAUCAAUAUUAUGAGAUACAGAAUAAUGAAUUAGAAGCAAUUCAGUCCAUUUAUAUGGACGAUUUUGUGGAUUUAACUAGAAAGAAGUCUAGUUGGGAUAAGCAACCACAAAUUAUUUUUGAAGUUCAUGUGCGAUCACUUGAAAAGGAACCCGCUGAAUCUUCGUUAACAUUACACAUUGCUAUGACACCAAUGUAUCCCCAUACUGCACCUGAAAUUACUUUUAAAAAUGUAGAAAACGUUUUGGAUUCACAAUUAAAAUAUCUGAAAGAUGAAUAUAAGAAAAUUCACAAAGAAGCAAGGGGACAGGAAUAUAUUUUUGAUAUUGUUACAUUAACACAGGAAAAACUUGAUGAUUUUCAUGAUAAUAUAAAUACAAGAUCGUUAGAGGAUGAUAGAUUGGAAAGAAUUAAGGAAACAAAUGAACAAAUGGUAAGAGAAGAAAUGGAAAGUCAACAACAAAUCGAAAGAUUAAAAAUAUCCGAACAGCGUAAAAUUGAUGAGAUUGUGGAAAAAGAAAUUGCAAAGAGACAAGGUGAUGAUGACAUGUUGUUUAAUCCAAUUAAUCAAAUUAAUAUGCUUCCACCAGAAGAAUAG